UCUAACUUGAGACACCAAAGAGGAAAGCUGUUUUUACAAUGAGACUAAAGGAUUUUUUCUGCUGCUGCCUACCUGCUCCUGGGGACAACUCCAAUUAUGACGAAAAAGGCUCACCAGGGAGCACUAAGGAAGAUAACAGCAACCAGAAGAAAUCUGGUAAAGGACUCUGGAAGAGGAUGACAACCCCAAGCAAGAAAAAACUCAGAAAAGAGGCCAAGAAGCUGAGACAUGAAAUGGCUGAUAGGAAGAGGAAGGAGGUCCAUGUCAUGGACAUCAUCUUGGAGGCCGAAGAUGAACCCAUGAUGAUCACACAUCCACUUGUGUUGAGGAAGGAGACACCAGAGGAGAAUGUGGAGGACGAGAGAGUUGAGAAUGUAGUCUUCCACAAGACCUUGGUCCAUGCUACCCAGCACAGCCAGGAUGUUGCUGGCCCAGUAGUGGGCAUACCUCAGGGAGAGACCGCCCAGGCCAAAGCUGAGUUUCCACUUAGUAUCGACGUACUGGAGAUGGUGUACGCCAACUUGUCCUCGGGCAUCGACAUGGGUCUGCUGUGUCACCUGGUGCAACUUUCGAAGGACUUGCGCAAAGGAGACAGCUGUGGAGGUGAUCAGCCUUUCCAGAAUGGUGAGCCUCCUGCGCUGGUCCCCACUAAUGGAGAGUUGAGUCAUCUGACCAUGCAUGAGGAGAAGGAGGAGGAGGAAGUUCUGGAGGAGGAGGAGGAGAAAGUUCUGGAGGAGGAGAAGGAGGAGGACAAGGAGGAGGAAGUUCUGGAGGAGGACAAGGAGGAGGAAGUUCUGGAGGAGGUGGAAGAUGAGGAGGAAGAGGAGGAGGAGGAGGAGAAGGAAGUUCUGGAGGAAAAGGAGGAGGAGGAGGAGGAAGUUCUGGAGGAAAAGGAGGAGGAGGAGGAGAAAAAGAAGGAGGGUGCCCUCCUGGUGGAGGAGGAGGUGAUGCAGCUGACCUGGUUCCAUCAAGGAGGACUGUCUGUUUUCAACACAGCAGCAGAGGCCUCUGCAGCAGCAGCAACACAAAUGAAAUAUGUGUUUGCACAAUUGAGCAAUAUUUUCGAGAUAAUGAUGCAUAAAAUAUAUUAUUUCAUCAAUAGGUAUUAAUACCAUUUUAAAAUUAGCCAUUUAGUAACAUUGAUAUUAAAUAUUUUAAUCAAAAUAAAUUUUAAUCAUAAACUA